AUGUAUGUAGAGGCAAGACUUUGGGCUUGGGAACAGUCGUCGCCAGACCCUGUCGUCAACCCUCAGAAACAAGGCAUCCACAAAGUCUCCCAUCCGCGCAUCGCAUCACGAACCUCACCUCUUCUACAAGCCAAUCCAACCUCCAAGCCCGCACGCAAUGGCAAAGAAACCCAAAUCCAGGACCAUCUCGGUCCGCCUAGUCUCGAUGGCCCUGACGGGUUACUACAAGACCUUGGUUCGACCGCGUACUCAUCGACCAUUGAGCAUGAUGAAGUACGAUCCAGUUGGUACGUUACUUCUUUUAUUGCAGUGGAAUUGAGGACGAAGACAGUAAAUUACGUCGAUAGAGAGGGCAAAGGGAUAUGGCCGGGCAAGAGAGGCUUAGGACAUUUACAAAGGUGCUUGGUCGGUCAUUUGGAUAUGAGUGCUAAUUGGGAUAUGUGUGCAGUACGAAGGCAGGUGCUUUUUCUCGAACAGAAGCGGGGUGGGAAGUAG